CUUGUUCCCGCAGCGCGGCCCCACACCGCCCGCUCCCAGGCUGGGUGUCGGUGCAAACCUUCUCGGACUCACCCCGCAUCCGGCCCCCUCCGUGUCGCUGCCCUUCUGCAGAUCUCCGCGGGUCCCCACCGAAGAUGCCUCGCCCGGGCAGAAACACUUACAGCGACCAGAAGCCUCCCUACUCCUACAUCUCGCUGACCGCCAUGGCUAUCCAGAGCUCCCCGGAGAAGAUGCUGCCCCUGAGCGAGAUCUACAAGUUCAUCAUGGACCGCUUCCCCUACUACCGGGAGAAUACGCAGCGCUGGCAGAACUCCCUCCGCCACAACCUCUCCUUCAACGACUGCUUCAUCAAGAUCCCGCGCCGCCCCGACCAGCCGGGCAAGGGCAGCUUCUGGGCGCUGCAUCCCAGCUGCGGGGACAUGUUCGAGAACGGCAGCUUCCUGCGCCGCCGCAAGCGCUUCAAGGUGCUGCGCUCGGAGCAGCUGGCGCCCAGCAAGCCGUCGGACGCGGCGCAGUACCUGCAGCAGCAGGCCAAGCUGCGCCUCAGCGCCCUGGCCGCCUCCGGCACCCACCUGCCCCAGAUGCCCACCUACAACCUCGGCGUGUCUCAGCCCUCCAGCUUCAAGCACCCCUUCGCCAUCGAGAACAUCAUCGCCAGAGAGUACAAGAUGCCCGGGGGGCUCGCCUUUUCCACCAUGCAGCCCAUGCCGGCCGCCUACCCCCUUCCCAACCAGUUGACUACGGUGGGCAGCUCCAUCGGUACGGGCUGGCCCCACAUGUACAGCUCCGGCAUGAUCGACACCGCCACCCCCAUCUCCAUGGCCAGCGGCGAGUACGGCGCCUACGGCGUCCCCCUCAAGCCUCUCUGCCACGGUGGGCAGACGCUGCCGGCCAUCCCCGUCCCCAUCAAGCCUGCCCCGGCCGCGGUGCCGGCCCUGCCUGCCCUGCCCGCGCCCAUCCCCACCAUCCUCUCGAACUCGCCGCCCUCCCUCAGCCCCACGUCCUCGCAGACGGCCACCAGCCAGAGCAGCCCGGCCACCCCCAGCGAGACUCUCACCAGCCCGACGCCCGCGCUGCACUCCGUGGCCGUGCACUGACCCGGGCCGCCCGCACGGACUCCGCCGCCCCUUCUCCCGGAGUUUUCCCGGAUCUCUCCUCCCUCCCCUUCUCCCGCUUCUCUUCCCCUCGAGCGCAGACAGCUCCCGCGGGCAGCCGAGGUGUUGCCGCUCGCC